AUGAUGCCAAAGAUGUUGCGGUACUUCGUGCCCUUUCUACUUACCGCUUGCACCUUGGCUGUCCCGCGGUUGAACAAAUCGUGCGUGAACGGAGAGCUAGACGGAGAGCGAUGCUUCUGUAAGGAUGGAUGGACCGGUGUGAAGUGCCAUCGGCGGAUGAACUGUGACGGCUACGAGCGCAGCACGAACGGAUCAUGUAUCGAGUGUGCGGAAGGGUGGACAGGGCCAGACUGUGAUGCCAUCGACUGCAACGAACACGGAAAUCCAAACUAUGAUUUCACGAGUUGCAGGUGUGAGAAGCCGUACUCAGGUCAAUUCUGCGAGAAAUUCUCCACCAAGGACAUUUAUUCGUACUACAACAACCUUGCCUCGAAGACUGGAGCUAUUGGCGUUAUUUUUUGCAUUCCUCUCCUAGUGAUUUAUGCAACCUGCGAUCGCUACGCAAAAAAGCGUCAAAGAGAGCGAGUCGAAAAACACCUGACGGGUACAAUGAUCUCGCAUCCAGACAAGGCCGUGGAUCGGAAUGCAAUCGCUACGUUAUUGCAUAGUGAUGACGAAUGA